AUGAAGUGGGGAAAACAGACAUACCAUGGUGUCAUAAUCAAAAUCAACGACAAUGAGGAAGAACUUACAAGAUUUGCCAAUCAGGCUUACAGCAAAUUAUUGAAAAACUUGGAGGAGAAACCGAAUGAUGUUCCUGAGGGGCUGUUCAAUUUCAACUUGGACACAGAAAAAGCAAAAGGGAAGAGAACCAGAGUCCCAACGGACAAAAUAAAAGAAUGUAAGGAACAAGAUGAAGAGUUGAGUCCUAAAAAGAAGAAGAAAAACACUGAGAAUACGAAAGAGAAGAAACAGGAGCUAAGUCCCAAGAAAAAGAAAAUACAAAGUCAGAAAACUCCUGCCAAAGAAAGGUCAGAGAAAAAGAAGAUGGAGGAGGCAGCAGCUCAAAAGUCAGCUGUGUAUCUGUCAGAUGUGCUGACUCAGUUUAUUGAUACCACUGAAACAACAAGGCCCAAGUCUCCAACUGACUUAGUAGUAUCAGCCGGUACAGGGAAUGAGGAGCUACAGGACCUACAAAAUCAGACCUCUAGUCAAUCAUUGCAAUGUUCCACUCAGCCACUUUUACCCACAGUGCAACCAUUGAUACCCUCAACACAACAACUGAUACCCUCCACAAAGCCACAAUUGCAAUCCUUCACACAACCACUGCUACAUUCCACUCCACCACCUCUGCUCUCCACACAGCCUCUUCUGUUCUCCGCUCAAUCAUCUACGUCACUACCUCAACUUCAGCCAGUGUCUCUCACAACCACCCCCAGCACUUCCCUAUUGGAAACUUGGAGUUUGUGCAGACAAAGCACGGGGACCAGCAUUGAGGAGAACAGCAAAGGAAUUCCAGUUCCAUCUGCUGAAGUUUUGCAUGUCAUGAGAGGGUUGCAGAGAGCUGAUGUCCAGCAUUUCAUCACCAAUGUUGUUGAACAUUUUGAAUCAUCCAGCUGUUACCAUGUUGGAAAUGAAUGUUUCGAGACUUCUAACAACAACACAUGGGCACCAAAUAGUGAGCCAUAUUGGGGUGUAGAGGAGUCUGAUGAGCCUCAAGUACUCUCUCUUCCUCAAAUAUCCCCUUUGAGGAGGUCACCAAGAAAACGACAACGUGCCACAUUGCUUCCCCUAUCAGAAGACCUUCAAACACAUGAUAUACCUUCUCAAAAGUCUCCCUUGAGGAGGUCACCAAGAAAACAUGCUACCACCACCAUCCUUCUACCUGUAGAUGAUAACAGCAUUUCAUCACCUGGAGAAUCUGAGGUCAGAUCAUAAUUAAAAAAUAAAAACCUCAGAAUAAAGUAUUUGUGUGAUACACAUUCAAUAUUUGAUAUAUUUAUUAUAUGUCUGUAAAUUAUUUAUUUUCUUAUUAUUUAGACAAAGAAACAGGCCUCCACUAAUCCUUCUCCAGAAAAACCAAGGGAGACUGACAAGGAUAUUUCCUCCCCUGGAAGAGCUGAGGAGGUACUAUUUUUAUGCCCCCAAAUAAAGUAUUGGGGAUACAUACACUGUUUGGUCUGUCAACUCAGAAUAAUCAUAAUAUGAAUUUAAAGGUCAAAUUAGAACACCCCUCAGAAAUUUUGCUUUAUUUGCCAUUGUUCGGUACUUUCUGUCUUUUAUUAACAUACUUUGAUUUUCUUAAGAUAAUAAAGUUCUACCCAUAUUAUAGAAAAGUGAACAAUCAAAUUUAUUUGAUUUUCUGUUGUUUUUAACACUCAUAGGUCAGUACAUAUUCAUUUUUCAUUUAUAGAAUUGUGGAAUGGUGACUUUACUCAAAACCUACCCUGAGGUUUUGAUCAAAUCAGAGGCCCUGCAGCAUGCUGUAAGGUUAGCACGGAAAUCUGGCAAACCUGGAUAUACUCUAUGUUAUAACUUGUUGCCAGGUGUUUUCAGCAUUGAAGAGAUUGCUAUCUCUAGGAGCCAGGGUCUUACAAAACCAAAAGAAGGAGAUCUUAGGAGACCUCUCAAUAAAGAUAAAGUGGCUGCUGUCAAAGGUUAUACCCUUCGCUGGUGUAAGAAAAAUGAAAAAAGUGAUCCAAAAGACCAGGAGUUGAACAAUGCCAUCACAGAGCAGGUCGCUCAUUGCAGAAAAAAAACUUAAAAAGGAACAGCAAGAAAGAAAAAAAUGAGAUUCAUAAAAAUAGCUCAUUGUGCGAUUCAAGAUAAGAUUCAUGUACAUGUAUAUAAAAACGUACGCACUUAUAGCAAGGUGUCUGACAUGAACAAUUUUAAUAAUCAUAAUUUUUAUUAAAUGAGAUGUAUUUUUUAUGAAGUAUACUUGAAUGAUAUUUGUGUCCUUCAAAGCUUUAAAAUCAGCCUUCGAAUGAAAUUUU